UGCGUGACUUUGUGGCGUUGGUGUCGUCCGCGCAUCUAGAAAUGUAGACCGAUUCAGGAAGCUGCAUCGAGGCCGUUUCGUCUUGCUUCCAGCGGGCUGAUCUCGCGUGCGGGUGUCCGCCGGCCUCUCCUCUCCUCCGUUCUCCGCUGUGCCGAGCCGUGCCGGGCCGGGCCGGUGGAGAUGCGGCCGCCGCUGGCUGUGCGCUGCUCUCCGUGUCUCGGUCAGACUCGCCGGGGAUGAAUGGACCGCGUUCUUCACACUCAUCCUCGUCACUCGGCAUCGCCGUCUAAACUUUCAAAAUGAGGAUCUUCGCGUCGCUGCUGAAAAACGCCAACCCCAAAAUCGAGUAUUACUCUCGGUUUUCCCCGUCGCCGCUCUCCAUCAAGCAGUUUUUGGAUUUCGGCAGGGACAAUGCAUGUGAGAAGACCUCCUACAUGUUCCUGCGAAAGGAGCUGCCUGUGCGGCUGGCGAACACCAUGAGGGAGGUCAACCUGCUGCCUGAAAACCUGCUGAGUCAGCCCUCUGUCAAACUGGUCCAGAAAUGGUACAUGCAGAGCUUUGUGGAUCUGCUGGAUUAUGAGAACAGAAAGCCAGAGGACACCGUCGCGCUGAACGAUUUCCUGGAGCUCCUGAUUGAGAUCCGUAACCGCCACAACGACGUGGUUCCCACCAUGGCCCAGGGAGUCAUCGAGUACAAGGAGAAGUUCGGCUUCGACCCCUUCACCAGCAGCAACACGCAGUAUUUCCUCGACCGCUUUUACACCAACCGCAUCUCUUUCCGCAUGCUCAUCAACCAGCACACUCUGCUGUUUGGUAACGACACCAACCCGGCCCACCCCAAACACAUCGGCAGCAUCGAUCCCACCUGCAAUGUGGCCGAAGUCGUCAGGGAUGCCUAUGACACUGCCAAGAUGCUGUGCGAGAAGUACUACAUGGCCGCCCCGGAGCUCAAGAUUGAAGAGUUCAACAUGAAGAAUCCGAAGAAGCCCAUCCAGGCCGUGUACGUGCCGUCUCAUCUCUUCCACAUGCUGUUCGAGCUCUUCAAGAACUCGAUGAGAGCAACAGUGGAGCUUCAUGAGAACAGCAGCGAGGGAUUACCUCCAGUCAAGGCCAAAGUCACUCUGGGAAAGGAGGAUCUCUCAGUGAAGAUCAGUGACCGAGGAGGAGGAGUUCCUCUGAGGAAGAUCGACCGUCUUUUUAACUACAUGUACUCCACGGCCCCGACGCCGAGCCUGGAGCCGGGAACCGUCCCCCUGGCCGGUUUUGGUUACGGCUUGCCCAUUUCCAGGCUCUACGCCCGGUACUUCCAGGGCGAUUUGAAACUCUACUCCAUGGAGGGAGUGGGCACGGACGCCGUCAUCUAUCUGAAGGCGCUGUCCAGCGAGUCGUUCGAGCGCCUGCCCGUCUUCAACAAGUCGGCGCUGCGACACUACAAGACCAGCCCCGAGGCGGACGACUGGAGCAACCCCAGCAAGGAGCCCCGCGACGCCAGCAAGUCCAAAUACAAGGCCAACAGAUAACUCUGCCCGGCGGCGCCGGCGAAGCACUCCACCGGGAGCCCAAACGCCCCCCCCCGCCCGCCCCGCACGGCGCACGCACGAUGAAGGUCGCCCCUGGGUCCACGCCUGGUUUCGAGUCGGACUUCCUUUCGCAUUCCAGUGCUUUUCGAGGCUUUGGAAAGGAUGAACGACCUUGGCUUAAACCCGUACCCCGUGGCAACGACCUUCAUCAGCGUAGCUUUCACUGAACUCUAGCUGUAGGUUUUUUUUUUUUUUUUUCCUUCUUCUUUCGUUUUCAUGAUGCAGUUGUAGAUUUUCGAUCUUCAAAAUCCGAUGUUCUCCGACUGAAUUUGCUGCAUCGCCGCUGUUUCCCCCUCCGUCUCGUGCAGCUUGGCCCGCCCCGUCCCCGCUGACUCGGCCGCCGCUCCGUGUGGCUGAGCGAGCCGUGCACUGCUGAUUAAGUCUCUUUCCCACCAUCAGUGAAGGCUUGUGCUGUGUGUGUGUGUGUAUGUAUGUGUGUGUCCCUCCUCCAAACACAGGCAGAGUCAGUGGGUUCGGGUUUCUCUUCAGAUGGGAAGAGGAGGAGGAGGAGGAGGAGGAGGUUUCGUUUCCUUCCGCUGGAGGACACAUUUGACUCAACGCACAAUUAGGCCAGUGUGUCAUUGGCAUAAUAAAGACGUUUUUUUUUUGUUGGCACUGUGUUUCAGUCUGAGAAAAUAACAGGAAGUUAUUUAUAGUUGAGAAUUGAUAUCUUUUGGGGGGGAAAACAAAAUAUAUAUAAAAAGCAAUGCAUGAUGAGUACGUCUCAUUUUUAAGACUGAGAAGUCCAGAUUUUUAUUUCUUGUCAAAGACGGAAAGCCUUAUUUCUUAAGCUCUUAGUGUGUUUCGUGUGUUGUUUUUGUUUUUUUAACCAGCCUUGAAGGCUCCAUUGUAACUUGAAUGAUGUUUUUAAGGGAGAAAGUUGAUUUGUGCUGUUUUGUUUGUUCAUCUUUUACUUCUUUAGAGAUUAACCAGUGUCCCCCCCGCCCCCCCCGAGCAUUAGCAGCUGCUGCUCUCACCCUCAUCACAUUCUCCAGCCCAGCUCUGUGUUCACCUGAGCAGUUAUUAAAGAACCAAAGGAGCGUCGUUCAGAUGCUAGUGAAACGCCGCCACGCCAGCAUUCUCACUCAUGUAGCUUCAACCACACCAGCGUCAUGUAUUGUACGAAACCUUCCGGGAAAGAAACUGGACCUGCUGCAAGAAACAAGUGAAAACUUGUGCAUUUCCUCGUGCGAUCCUGCAAAAUAACUUGUAAGAUCUGCCGGCUUGGACCAGUUCUCCUAACAGUGCUGCCUCGUGUCUCUUGUAAUACUAAUCCUGAGUCUUCUGAUCGAAUGUGAUCACGGUUCGUCAUGACUGAAUGUGUCAGAAUGCUGAAGGUGACCGCUCUUCUUACAAGAGGAACAAUAUAACAAAUAGGACUUAAUGUUAUUCUCACAAUAUUAUGAGACUUUGCCUUCAUCUUGGGCACAUGAUUACUUUUGAGGACCACAGACUGUCGACGUCUUGUAUUUUUGGAAGGGACGUUGUCCUGUUUUUCCAACAAGAAAUCAUGCAGUAUAAGUUAAUAGCAGAGGGCCAUGUGGUUAGGCAUCUGUAGACACAUAUUGCAACAGAUCUUUCAGUUUUUAUCAGAUGAAUCCUCUUCAGGAGCCCUUUAAUGCACUUUAUUUAGUAUAGUUCUCUUCAAAUCGGCCAAACUUGGUACCACUGGUUGCACUCGAACACAGAAACAUCAACAGUCUGGAGUGACGUCCUUCUCUCGUCCCCUCCAGCAGGUGAAAUAAAAUAAGAAUUGAUAUGGAAACCACUUCUCCAUUUUCGGCCCCUCGCUGUAAGAUUUUGUCACUGCCAAUGAAUCCGCAACCUGCCAGUCUCGAGUGAUGCUCCGUCAGGAAUCUGCUGUAAUGGAAAGGGAAAUGCUGUAUAUUUAUAUAUAUAUAUAUAUGGGUCUCCUCAACCGACACUCACUUCAGCUCACUCAUGACUGAUGUUCAGUAGCUGACACUAUUUUAGACGGUAUGAUUUCUGUAUAUAUAUAUAUUAUCUAUGCUGCGUAUGCAGCCAGUGUGGAGUGGCCGCUGUGUUUUCCAGCCUGUUGUACAUUCAGCUUAGAGCAUUCACAGACUCAGCCGUGCAGAGAUAUGCAAACAUGAAGCUGCGCCUGUCCUAGAGCAGUCUUACAAAUGUGAUUCAGCAUGAGAUUAAUAAUGUCCAACCUGACAAUAAAGACAUUUGCUGUUA